GCAUUUUUAAAUUUUUUUUUCAUUUUUUCUUCAGCUCGUGAGUUGCGCUUUCGAUUCGAUUGAAAUUCGUGGAUUGAGUCCGCCUGUAACCUCUUUCUAGGGUUUAAUCAGAACGUUUUCGAAUCUGAUCCCAUCUGGUGUAAACGAUGGCUUUUUGGUGGCCGCUGGUGGUUAUCGGCUUCGCCGUCGGGAUCUGCAAACUCCUCUUCAUGCUCAUUCCCUACAAUGUACCGUCGAUCGAUGUUGACGCCUCCGAUAUAUUGGAUGAUGGGAACCAGGCGAAGGAGAACAGCUUCAUUUAUAUACCUUCGAGAAGGCAGACAGAUAAAGUCCAAUGCUAUGAGCCUGCAACAAUGAAAUAUCUGGGCUACUUCCCUGCAUUGAAACCUGAUGAGGUUAAGGAGCGUGUAGUACAGGCGAGGAAGGCUCAAAAGGUAUGGGCAAAAACUAGCUUCAAACAAAGACGCCAAUUUCUAAGGAUACUAUUGAAGUACAUCGUUGAACAUCAGAAGCUUAUAUGCGAAGUUUCUUCACGUGAUACUGGAAAGACCAUGGUUGAUGCUUCUUUGGGAGAAAUUAUGACAACAUGUGAGAAAAUCCAUUGGCUUCUUUCAGAGGGUGAGAAGUGGCUAAAACCUGAAUACAGGUCAUGUGGAAGAUCAAUGAUUCACAAGACAGCCAAAGUGGAAUUUCACCCCCUUGGUGUUGUUGGGGCCAUUGUUUCAUGGAACUAUCCAUUUCACAACAUAUUUAAUCCAAUGUUGGCAGCAGUAUUCUCAGGGAACAGCAUUGUGAUUAAGGUUUCAGAAAACGCAAGUUGGUCAGGAUGUUUCUAUUUGCGUAUAAUUCAAGCUGCUCUUUCAGCUGUAGGAGCUCCAGAAAAUCUGGUUGAAGUUAUAACAGGGUUUGCGGAGACAGGAGAGGCCUUAGUGUCUUCAGUUGACAAAAUGAUAUUUGUCGGAUCACCUGGUGUUGGCAAAAUGAUAAUGAGGAAGGCUGCGGACACAUUGAUACCAGUUACUCUUGAGCUUGGCGGGAAAGAUGCUUUUAUUGUCUGUGAAGAUAUUGAUGUGUCACAUGUUGCUCAAAUUGCUGCAAGGGGUGCUCUCCAGUCAAGUGGGCAGAAUUGUGCUGGGGCAGAGAGGUUUUAUGUUCACAAAGACAUUUACUCCUCAUUUGUUGCUGAAGUUGUCAGAAUUGUGAAAUCUGUUACUGCCGGUCCUCCGCUUGUUGGCAAAUACGACAUGGGAGCAAUAUGCAUGCAGGAGCAUUCUGAGAGGCUUCAGAGUCUGGUCAAUGACGCACUUGACAAAGGAGCUGAAAUUGUUGGUCGAGGUAGUGUUGGGAAUAUAGGUGAAGGGGCCGUUGAUCAGUACUUCCCUCCUACUAUAAUUGUAAAUGUCAACCACUCUAUGAAACUGAUGCAAGAGGAGGCUUUUGGACCAAUCAUGCCAAUAAUGAAGUUUAGUACUGAUGAAGAGGCGGUCACACUUGCAAAUGACUCUAACUAUGGGCUAGGAUGUGCUGUGUUUUCUGGCAGCCAGCGACGGGCCAGAGAAAUAGCUUCUCAGUUACACUGUGGAGUUGCUGCAAUUAAUGACUUUGCAUCAAACUACAUGUGUCAGUCUCUUCCGUUUGGUGGGGUAAAGGAUAGUGGGUUUGGAAGAUUUGGUGGUGUGGAAGGAUUACGAGCUUGCUGUCUUGUUAAAUCUGUAGUGGAGGACAGAUUUUGGCCACUCAUCAAAACUAAGAUACCAAAGCCUAUUCAGUAUCCCAUUUCGGAGAGUGGAUUCGAGUUUCAGGAGUCACUUGUAGAAGCACUGUAUGGAUUAAAUGUGUUGGACCGUUUACGGGCAUUGGUGGAUGUUCUGAAAACCCUUUCAGAACCAAACACUUCCAAGAACAGUAAGAGAACGGACUAAUAAUUUGAAAUUUGGCUGCGCGUGAAAAUGAAGAGGUAUCUCCGGUAAGCUUUACAGUUCUUGGAAAGCUAUUUUAUCCAGUGCAUUUCUUGUAAUGUCAUUCUCUCUUAAUGUGAAACCGAACUUGGUGUCUAGUCCGUACGUAAAUUCAGGCACAAAUUAAAAAUGCUUUCUGAAGUCCGUGUACUAGUUCUGAUGAAAUGGUUCAUAGUGCAAUUCUUGAUCUAGAUGUUUUAAA